GUCAACGCCAGUGAAAUUGUGUGGACUGAACUCCUUGGCUGAAAAAUGAAUGCACUCACUUUACUGGUACUGACUGGUUACAGCUUUAUUAUUAUGUUAUCCCAUGUAUCUGGCACCUAUGUUUGGAAUGGUAGAAGAUACGUAGCCUGCAACUGUAACCGCAGGGCCAGACAAUGUGUGUGGGAUCCUAAACUCCAUCAGCAGACCGGAAGUGGUACACGCUGUGUAAACUGUGUUGGUAACUCUGAGGGAAUACACUGCGAGAAAUGUAAGGAGAAUUACUAUGCAACACAAGGUGGACACUGUCAGCCCUGCCAAUGCAAUUUACUGGGUUCCACUGGAGGUAGCUGUGAUGAAUAUGGCCGCUGCAGGUGCAAAGCAGAAGGGGUGAUUGGAGACAAGUGUGACAAGUGCCAGCCUGGGUUUUACGCAUUAUCCAGCACUGGCUGCAGGCGCUGUACUUGCAAUAUGGCGGGUGUUACAAGAAUCUGUGAUGCUGAAAUGGGAGAAUGCAGCUGUAAAUAUAAUGUUGAAGGGUCCAACUGUAAUCGUUGCAAGUUUGGUUAUUACAAUCUUCAUCCAGAAAACCCCAUGGGCUGUUCAGCAUGUUUCUGCUUUGGGCAUUCAUCGAACUGCAAAGUGGAUGAUGGUUACCAAGAGGCUGACAUCACCUCCACCUUUGAUUCAGGUACUGAAAACUGGAAAGCACAGCAACGCUGGGGUUCUGAUCUCCCUCUCAUGAGAUCAUCAUCAUCUCGUGACAUCAUUGUUCAGGCUGAGGAUGGAUACCCAGUAUACUUUGUUGCUCCAGCCAAGUUCCUUGGAAAUCAGAUGUUGAGUUAUGGGCAAAAUCUCUCCUUCACAUUCUACUUGGAAAGGGAUGGUGCCUACCCAUCAGUGGAAGACCUGAUCCUGGAAGGAGCCAGUCAGACACUAACUGCACAAGUGAACGCACAAAACAAUCCGAUGCCAUCCACAAGCAAGCAGACAUAUAAUUACAGGCUCCAUGAGGGUCUGGAGUAUGGAUGGAAGCCAUUUAUAACCUCUUUUGAGUUCCAGCGGGUGCUCAGUGAUCUCAGGGCCAUCAAAAUCCGCGGUACCUACACCCAGCGGAGUCCUGGCCACAUUGAUAAUGUAGUCCUGCACACCGCCCGAAUUGGCAAUGGAAAACCAGCUCAAUGGGUAGAGAAGUGCAAGUGUCCAGCAGGUCAUGAGGGGCGUUUCUGUGAGAAAUGUGCAAGAGGUUACACAAGGGAGCGUCAUCAUCUCGGAAGCUUCAGCCGGUGUGUGCCAUGCAACUGUCAAAGCCCCAGUGAGACCUGUGACCCAGAAACUGGUUCCUGUUACACCAAUGAUCAAUCCAGAAAGCAGUGCCCACAUGGUUACUACCUUAAUCCUUCUGAACCAAGUGGGUGUAGUGUCUGCCCUUGUCCUGCAGGUACAGGUUGCACUGUGGCACCAGAUACAAGGGAGGUUAUAUGUGUGGGCUGUCCAGAUAAAACAAUGGGUAAACACUGUGAAAUGUGUGAAGAAGGGUACUUUGGAAGCCCGCGAGCAGGCAGACCCUGCAAGCCUUGUGCAUGCAACAAUAACGUGGAUCCCAAUUCAAUUGGGAGCUGUGACCAGCGGACAGGGGAAUGUCGGAAUUGUCUCUAUAAUACUGCGGGACAUUACUGCGAGAGGUGCAAACCUGGAUUCUAUGGAAAUGCACUUGCCUCUAAUCCAUCGGAGAAGUGCAAGCCAUGUAACUGUGACCCAAGAGGUUCUUGGUCCUUACAGUGCAGGGGUGAUGGGACAUGCAGUUGUAAGCCAGGGGUGUUUGGAGAUCGAUGCAACCAGUGUGCAGGAAACUCUUAUUACAACAGCACCACAGGCUGUGAGGUUUGCCCUGGCUGUUACCUAUCAGUAAAAGACAAGAUAUUGAAACACAAGAAUGUCAUCAGAGAUCUGGAAAUUCUCAUCUCAAAACUGAUAACAAAUGGGAGGCCAGUGAAUGACAAGGACUUUGAGGCAAGAAUGAGAAAAGCAUCAGAAGACCUCCGCAAAAUGAUGACCAUGGCUACAGAGAUUGAAAAUGAUGAUGAAAAUAAUCUCGAUGAACUGAAAAGUUUAAACAAUAAGCUGGGCACCAAGACUUAUCGCCUGAACAACAUUGGGAAAUCUGUUGAUGAGAUUAGAAGGUUGAUUUUAAGUUAUGAAGAUCGAGUCCAAAACACGGAUAGCGUGCUAAGUAAUGUCAGGACAAAAAUCCAGCAAAGCCAGACAGAAAUGGACCAAAUGCCGUCAUUGCCAACAAAUCCUAGUGGAGGCACUGUCCCAAGUGUUCUGGCAGAUGAGGCUCGUAGACUGGCAGAUAAGCAUCAGAAAGAUGCAGAGGACAUUGAACGGUUCAGUGGAGCUGCCAACACGUCUGCUUUCGAAGCCCUUCAAGUCAUUACACAAGCAAUCAAAGAAGAUCAGCAAACCACAGAGGACAUCAAGCUACUAACUCAGCAAUCAAAACAGAAGAGUGACAUGGCAGCAGAUCUGGAAGAACAAGCAAACAGAAUAACUACAAAAGCACGGAGAGGCGGUGAGAGGGCCAAGAAGAACUAUAAUGAGCUGAACAAUUUGCUUACAAUUGAUAUAUCAUCUGUUGAGAAUGAAGCAAAUCGACUGAAAGACAAAGAAGCUACCAUGGAAUCGGAACUGAACAAAAAACUUGAACUGGUUGAGACUUUGGAAAAUAAUAUCAGUGAUCUCCAGAGAGAUAUCAAGAGAAUUUUAAAGAAAGGAGAAAUAGAUGAAAUGACAGCUGAGAGACUGCAAGCCAGAGCAAAUGCCGCUAAGUACUUGGCCGAAGAGGCCGUCAGAAAAGGGUCAUACACACUGGAGCAAGUUGAUCGGAUUAUAAGCAACUUAAGAGACUUCAACACACGUGUGGUCAUCAACAAAACAGCUGCUGAAGAUGCCUUGAAUAAAAUACCGAAUAUUAAAAGGACCAUUGACAGGGCCAACACACUGACUGACCAGGCUGAGAAUCACCUGGGGGAUGCGUUAACAACAGCCAAAGAUGCCAAGGGAAAAGCUGAAACGGCAGAUGGUAUUGCCAGUGAUAUGCAGGAGAGGGCACUUCAAACGCUACGUGAUGCAGAAGUUACAUUAAAUGAUGCCAUGCUAUUGAAUCAAGAUGCGAUGGAUAUGAGUGGGCAACUGAAGCAACUAGAGACUGAACUGGCAAAUAAGCAGAGAGCUGUGAAUGAAGAUGCAUUGAUGGCUGAGUUGACUACAGGCACUGUAAAUGCAGCAAUAAAGAAUACAGCAAAUGCAAAGGAUUCUGUGAAUGAAAUGAUGAAAUUGAUAAGUCAUUUACUACUUUCAAUGGAUAACCCAGCCGAGAUUGACACUAUGAAGUUGGAACGUGUAGAGAAUUCACUUGAGAGCUUUAAAAUUCAAUGGACUAAUGAACUACAAAUACCUUUUCAAGAGAUGCAGGAUGUUGCUGCUCAGCAGCAGCAUGCAAUUGCAGCUUUUGACCAAGACAUUGGUGACAUCCUUGCAGAUAUCAGAAAUCUUGAGCAAAUCAGAGACAGUUUACCUAAAGGGUGCUUCAACACAGCAGCCGUUGAAAGGCCCUAAUUGCUUUCCUCUACCAAAAGUUACAGGAUAUUUCCUAUUAGGAAACGAUAAUUUAUGUAAUGCCCCAACCACCUAAAAGACUGACAAAUGGAAAAUGGAGCAACAACCUCUACAACUUUAUUAAAACAUGGUUGAUUCUAAUAUUAUCUUAUUUAAUCAUUGUUGGCUAUUUUGAUGCUUGUUCCCAGCAACCUGUCCCUAGUCACCCUGUCCCCAACUUCCAGCACAAAUGGGCUAAAAUUAAAGAUUUUGUUUCCAAAGUAUUUUUACAAAAUUGAUAUUGACCUUGAAGAGAGCAGACUAUUAUUGUUUACUUUUCAAAUUA